UUAAUAUUAUUAUAAAUAAAUAUAUAUUUUUUUUAAAUAGUUAAAUUUUGAAGUAAAAAAAAAAGUUGAUCCAAUCCAUGAAUUUAUUUUUAAUAUUAGCUAUCAUUUUAUUAAUUAAGGUGAAUAGAGGCGUGUCUUUAGAAUCGACACUUGAUUAUUGCUGCAAUCGCGGAAAUCUCCAAGCCCUAGAACGAAAUCACUGCUUAUUCCCUAAUCACACAGAAGGAAUCGAAGUUUGGAUCAAAGAAGAUGACAUUUCAAGGUGUCAAAUAUCUUUCGAAAUAUGUUGCGCUCAAACAUUAGAAACUUCGAGAUGCGAUUUAACGAAAGAGUUCGUUAUUAAUGAGGGAAUAUUCGCGAAUUGUUCUUCCGUUCCUCUUUCAUUUAACCAUUCCACCACGUGCGUCAAUAAAUGUUGCGAAUGUUGUAAAAUCGGACUAAUCACAUUGCACGACGGAAAAUCGUGUUCCGAACUAGAAUCCUUGAAAUUGUGCGACAAUAUUGCUUUAGAUUGCUGUGAAUACAAUAUCACCAAAUUGGAAAUUUCGAACGAAAUUGUAGAAAAGACUUUCGAUAAAAGAUGCUUUGAGCUCGGGCAUUGCUCCCCUAUCUGCUCGCCUACUAUAAACGGGAAAAAUAUCUGCAAAUGUCCCAAUGGAUUUUAUAAAAGGUCAAUGGAUAAUAAUUGUGUUGACAUAAAUGAAUGUUUAGAGGGGAUCAAUAAUUGCACCUACAAUGAAAUGUGUAUCAAUAUAUACGGGACUUAUAAAUGCGUUCCAGAUAUCACGCCAUAUUGUGGAAAAGGAUUUAUAUGGAAGUCAAAACUUUUUGAAUGCCAAGAUGUAAACGAAUGUGAAUUUCCUGAUCUGAACACUUGCGAAAUGGGUAUGCGAUGCGAAAAUUUGCCGGGGUCUUACAAGUGUAGAAGAAUACUCGGGUGCGGUACAGGAUACAUAAUCGAUAAUGUCACUCAAAAAUGUUAUGACGUGAAUGAAUGCGAAACAGGAACUCACGAUUGCCAAGAAUCGUUCGAGUGCGUAAAUACGAAAGGUUCUUUCAGGUGCGUACGUAAAAUCUGUCCCAAAAAUCAAACUUUAGACGCCGUAAAUGGACGAUGCGAUCUUAAAGUAUGUCCACCGGGCUUCUACUUAGAUAUUUUUGGCGAUUGCGUCGAUAUUGAUGAAUGCAAACAACUUGAUAUAUGCCACGAGGGGCAGGUUUGCAUGAAUGAACAGGGCUCGUAUAAAUGUAAAAAUACUAAAUGCCACUUGGGUUAUCAAAUGGAUGAGGAUAGGAAUUGCAUUGAUAUUGAUGAAUGCCAGAUAGGAAUCCAUAAUUGUCAUGGAGGACAAAUUUGUUCAAAUCUCAAGGGUGGCUUUAAUUGCGAUUGCCCUCCUAAUCAUUAUUUUGAUCGCGAUUACAAUCAGUGCAAAAUAAAUAGAGUUAUUGGCUGUGAUCCUUACAAAAAUAACUGUGGUUGCGCUUCUGGAUUUCAGUUAUCUCGCUAUUCCGAAUGCAUAGAUAUAGAUGAAUGCCUAAAUACCACUCUAUGUGAGCAUAGCUGUAGUAACACACGGGGCUCUUACAUUUGCCAAUGCAAAGAUGGGUAUAGGUUGAAUGAAAAUAAGCAUAACUGCGACGAUGUAAAUGAAUGUCACGAAUUUUUCGGGGCAAAUUCCCUUUGCCAAGGAAUGUGUAUAAAUGAAAUUGGGUCCUUUAAAUGUGGAUGUCCUGAUGGAUACCAUCUUUUGUAUGAUGGGAGAUCUUGUAAAGAUAUAGAUGAAUGCAUGUCACCCAAUUUGUGCAAGGAUGAACAAAUAUGUAUAAACACCAGGGGAAGCUAUGUUUGUAAAGGUGUAAUAUGUCCCCCGAAUUAUAUUCUAAAACCGUCAUACAAUAAAAAUAUCCAGGAAAAUGGUUACAUGUGCGAUAAAAAUUGCGAUCCCUAUGAUAUCACUUGCCUGCUAAACAAUGUGCUAACUUACAGAUAUCAAUUCAUAACUAUGCCCUCAACCACUAAAUUGUAUGAACCCAUCUCUAUAGCCAGCAUAUUUCCUAUAAGUAACAGCGAUAAAAUGAAGAUACAUUGUUCUAUAAAUUCUGGUAACUACGGAGGCUUUUUCGAUAUCUUAACCACUCCCAAUAAUUCGUGUCAAUUCAGACUUGUACAACCUAUAUUCGGUCCUUACGACGAAAUAAUUCACAUCAAGAUGGAUGUCGCGAGUCAGUACUACGUACCCAGACGCGUUUCCCACAUGUUCAUGUUAAAUAUAUUCGUUUCGAAAUACAAAUUUUAAGGAAAACUGAAGAAGAAUGAAGAGAAAAAAAAAAUCAAAAUACGUUUAUAAAACUAAAAAUUUCGCGAAUAAUUUACUAAAUA